AUGUGGUUCCUNUUCAACAACAGUAUCAGCGAGAACAGCAGAAAUAAGAAUGAAAAUGACUCCAUAUCGCACCAAGACAGUAAAGGUUUCUCCUGGAACCCAUACAAGAGGCUUCAGGUAGAUACCGUUGUCGAGUCGACAGAGUCUUCGCAGCUGAACCGCGAUAAGUUAUUGCCUUCGGCUACCUCCUCAACGCAGGAGUCGCCAGCGCUCACAUCGGGUGCCUAUGGUUGCGAUGAGACCCCGCUCUCUCAGCCACGCCCAAUCAUGUCGCCUCAGUCUCCUUCUAUGUUGACCUUGCACUUACCACCUUCGGCGAGUCUAUUGUACAAGGAUGAUGACUACAUGUGUAGGGCAAGUUCAGGCUCUUUGUUUGAUGGUUCUCAGUGGAGUGCACACAUGUGCUUGACAUCAUCAUCUCUCAGUAGGGGAUUCCCUAGUGGGCCAGUAAACUUUGAAGAUUCAUUCGAUAUGAGCGCACGAAGUGUGUAUGGAAUGGGUGAACCGCGGCAGCAGCAGCAUCGACAGCAUCGACCGCAUCAACCAUAUGCUGUACAACCACUUCCUUACCAUGGCCAAAGAAGUCGAAGUGUCUUGUCACCUCUAGGUACUAUCGGUUCUUUGCAAUCAGGGAUCACCUGUGGUUUGAAUGGUGACAGAAAUGUGUCAACUCUCUCAGCAUCCAUAUCGCAUGAUCUGUCGAAGUGUGUUCUUCGUUUUAAGAAAAUGAUCCCACCACCACUUCGUUAUAAUGAAGCACUGGGAGUGUUAGAGGAUGAUAACGGGAAUCACCCCAAUGAUGUCGUGGAGAUUGUGAAGGAAGUGAUGUGUCGCUGGUACGUUCGUAUUCAAUCAUUAAAGAAUGAUCUCUUCGUUCCUCGUGAACACCCCAGUGUUGUGGGUACACAUGGAAAUAACAGCAGCAUCAACCGAAACAGACGUGUACGUCCUGGACUUGAGGAGUGGUGUCCCGAACCACCGCAGAAAAAUGAACAGGGAAACGAUGCGUUUCGUGAGUGGGCGCUGAGGUGUAAUGCUUGGUGGGAAAAGGCAUUUGGAGAGAAGACACGCAUGGUAAGCCGAAGUCGGGGCGGUCGGGGAAAAGGGAAUCGGCAGCACUACCACAGCCAGUACCCGUACAACAACACAUCCUUUAAUGAUAACAACAGUGGCAGUUCUCAUAACGGUAAUAACGCCAACACCACCAACAAUAAUAACAUCCAUGGUGGUGGUAUCUGA